AAACCUCCCCUAAUUUUGAUAAUCAAACCCCACUAACCCCCUCCAAACACUUACGUACGAAUUCACCGAAAUCAAUACAAUAUGUGCGCCAAUCAAGAAAGGCAGCCAUUCAUUGGCGGUAACUCGUCGACUGGAACGGCGGUUCACGACGGCGGGUGCGAAGAAGAGGCGGCGGCUUCUCCGUCCGGGUGCGGCUGUUCGACGCUGUUCUGCGGACAGCCGUGGUGCCGGAGACAGGCGGCGGAUAUGAUGAGGGAGCCGCCGCAGCUUUUGGCGAGGAAAAAGUGGAGUGAUUUGUUGAGGAAAGUGGGGAGAGCUUUCCCUCCGGCGGUGAGGCGUGAUCAGAAGGCCCAGUUCAUAUACGACGCGCGGAGCUAUGCUCUGAAUUUCGAUGACGGCGUGGCGGCGGCGGAAGAAGAUGGGCUUUUGCGUAAUUUCUCGUCCAGGUUUGCCGCCCCUGCAGCCGGUCAACAAAGGAAGGCGGGAUUGUGAUAGGGCCAGAUUUGUCACUCCAGAUAUAUACCUCGUCAUUAUUUUAUUUUUAAUUUGAUUUUUUCUUCGUCAUAAGGCGGUAUAUUGAUUAUUUCUCCUUUCAAAAUGAAAAUAUUGAUUCAUUCGUUAGUGACCUGAUUUAUCUCUUGGGUUAAAUAA